AUGGUUCAAAAAGCUUUGAAAGUGAAUAGAAAGGUUAAAGAUCCUCGUCGUGUGACAAAGAAACAAAAAAAUUUGAAAGCUGCUGCUCCAAGAAUGAUUAAAUCCAAGAAAAAAUCAUUACAACAUAUGAAAAAACUAAAUAAAACUUCAUCUUUGACUCAAUCCACGGAAAGACUUGUGGCUAGUAAGGUUGGUCAUUUAGAAUUAUUGAAAGGAACAAGAAGAGAACUUGAAAGAAAGGCUAAGAAAUAG